AUAACAGUAAACAAAGCGUAGCACAUGCUACGCCAACGCCAGCGAUAGCGCAAAAGCUGACGUUGCCGCUGCUGCUGGCGUUGCUGCUGGUUCAGCUGCUGCUGCUGGUUACGCAUCGCCCUAUCAGUUGAUGUCUGGCGCCAAAGCGAACUGGAGCAACGAAAACGCGACAAUAGCAAAAGCUGAGAGCCCAAACGCUGCAGAAUACGAAUGCUUCCACAGACGCAACAGCGAGGGAGGGCAACAGAAAGAGAGCGAGAGUGAUAGAGAGAGAGAGAGAGUGUAAGCGAGACCAAUGCAACGAGAGAGAGAGUAAGCCAGUAGUGUGAGUGAGAGCGAGAGAGAGAUAGAGAGCGCAAGUAAGCAAGCGAAAGAGCGAGCGAGAACUGUUUGGGUUACGGUGUAAUUUAGCUAGGAGCCCGCACAGAAAUUUUUGGUCGCAACAUUUUUGUUGCUCAGUGCUCAACUUGACGUCGUGCUGUGAAAAAGUCGUACAACCAAAUCCGGGCAGCUCUGUGGCAGCGUUCAUCCACCCACCGCCCGCCAUCUGCUCGGACUUCAAGCUGCUGCUUGCUGCUGCUGCUUCUGCUGGUCGUUGUCGUCGUAGUCGGAAUUGCGGAAUUGCCGCCGGUUGUAAAACAGUAGAGCAAACAGUUUUGCAUAAUAUGUAUAGCAAAUAUAAAUAAAAAAAAAUUCCAAACAAAAACAACAACAAGAAAUAAAGCAUCACAACAAAUAACAAAUAAAGCAUAGUAGAGCAUAUAGUGUAUGAAAAUUAAUCAACUAUUUAGUGUACUCAUAAAAAUUAAAAAACCAAAAAUAAAUACAAAACAAACAAACAGCGACCACAAAAACAAACGCUUGUCAAGUGCAGUGCAUAGCGCGAUUUGUCGCCUUUUUUUCCCCCAACUUAAUUCACAUUUUACCCGCAAUAAAUAGUCGCAGCCAUCGUGUCGUUCAGUUGCGUGUUAUCAGGCGGGUACAAGCAGCAGCAAAAAAAAAGCUAUUACAACAAUAGCAACAACAAACCCAAACAAAACAAAAUAAAAGUAAAAAGAAUAACAAGAACAAUAACAAUAACAGUGGCAGUGACAGUGACAGCGAUAGACACACAAAGACACAUUCGAAUAUACCAUACUUAAAAAUGAAAACAAAAACAAAAGCAAAUCGAGGCGAAAUGUAAACUGCAUUUGAAUUCGACGCUGACGCCGACGACGAAGCCGACGCCAAACACCGACGCACACAUGUGCGUGCUUGGAUAAAACGUUGAGAUACACGUUCUAAUCAUCAAUCGACAAACAAUUGCUUUCUGCCGGCGGCUUAAAGAAAAGUCAACGCACACAACUCAACUGAAAAUCAAACAAAAAUGAGCUGUUAAAGAGCCCGUCAAGGAUUAGCUAGCAAGCUCUGACCCAUUUUGUUCGAGGAUAUAGCAUAUUUAAAGCGAAGCAAUCCAGCAACGGAGGACAAAAACGUGCGCAAGCGAAAAUCUAAAAGCUAACAUAACGCGCACAGUUAGCUGAAGAUGCGUCACACCCACUUGCAGGGCAACCGCGUCUGAGUCUGAGUCAGAGUCACCAACAGCCUCAUCAAUUACCCCUUCCAGAGCGGGGGUUACCUGCACGUCGCUGCCCAUUAGGAGCUAAGCCAUCAAAGCGAAGCGUGGAACCGAGCAACAGGCGACGAGCAACAAGUCUGCCAAGUGGGCGUAUACGUGACUUAAUCAGCACACGCAGCGCGCUUUCACCAAAAUCACACUAACAAGCCAAUUGCUCAGUGAAUGUGCGUGUGUGUGUGUGUGUGAGUGAGUGUAUACAAUGAAUAUUCGCAGGUACCAGUUGGUUGAGCAACGAAUUCGAAUCGGAUAUCAAGACCAAAGACAAAUCAAUUAAAGGCAUCAUGACAGAUGUAUCACAGCCAGCCGCUGGCGCCGGCGCCGGCGCCACCUGUGAGAGAACACGAAGCCCGCCAGAGGCGCCAGGCGAGUCUGCGAAACCACUAACCAAUGGUGCCAAAAAAGGCGCCACUACCAAUAGCAGUUGUAACACAAACAGCAACAUCCAUGGCAACAACAGCCACAGCGGCAACAGGAACAACAACACCAAUAGCAACAGCAACGACAACGGCAACUUGCAACGUGCCGGCAAUUGCAACCACAAGCAAUCAAGCCAAAUUGGAGCGUCACUUGCAGAGCAGCAACAACAAUCAACACGCAGCCGCAGAAACGCCAACGUCGACGCAGACUUUGAGCAAGCCAAAAGUAUCCACUGACAGCAACUCCAGCCCAACAGCAACGGCAGCUGCCAACGUCAGCGUCAGCAGCCCAAGCUCUUCAACGCCCGCCAAGUGCAGCAAGUCGUCUGCGGCAACACAACAAGAUGUCGACGAGGUGGCACGCCUCUUCGAGGAGAAGCCCGAAGCCUUUGAGAAAUGGCUAACGGAACGUGCACCGCCCGAGGCGCUGAGUCGCCUUCACGAGUUCAUUGAAAGUCACAAGUCGCACAACAAACGGCCCUCAGUUACCUCGGAUUUGUUUCAGCAAUGGAUGGCUUCGCCCAUCGUGCAGCAGAAAUCACCGCGCAGGCUCUCGAAUUCAUCGGUUCAAGCGCUGCCCGAAAGUCGACGACAUUUGAUGGACCUGGACGAGGGCGAGCUCUUCAUGGAGCUGAUACGUGACGUGGCCAAUGAGCUGGACAUUGAUGUGCUCUGUCACAAGAUAUUGGUCAACGUUGGCCUGCUAACCCAUGCGGAUCGCGGCUCCCUCUUUCUGGCCAAGGGCACAUCGAACAACAAGUAUCUGGUGGCCAAACUCUUUGACGUUACACAAAAGACAGCACUCAAGGAUGCGGUGACGCGGGCCCGAGCCGAGGAGAUAAUCAUUCCAUUUGGCAUUGGGAUUGCGGGCAUGGUGGCGCAGACAAAGGAGAUGAUUAACAUUAAAGAGGCAUACCAGGAUGCGCGAUUCAAUUGCGAAAUCGAUCUGAAGACUGGCUACAAAACGAACGCCAUUUUGUGCAUGCCCAUUUGCAAUUACGAGGGCGACAUCAUCGGCGUCGCACAAAUCAUCAAUAAAACGAAUGGCUGCAUGGAAUUCGAUGAGCAUGAUGUGGAAAUCUUUCGCAGAUAUUUGACAUUCUGUGGCAUUGGCAUCCAAAACGCUCAGCUCUUUGAAAUGUCCGUCCAGGAGUACAGACGCAAUCAAAUCCUUUUGAAUUUGGCGCGCAGCAUCUUCGAGGAGCAAAACAAUCUCGAGUGCCUUGUCACCAAAAUUAUGACCGAGGCACGAGAACUCCUCAAAUGCGAACGUUGCUCCGUGUUUUUGGUCGAUUUGGAUUGCUGCGAAGAGAGCCAUUUGGAGAAGAUAAUCGAGAAGCCUCAUCAGCAGGAGCAGCGCACCACUCGUGCCAUUAAAGGCGGUGAUAGCUUUGAGGAAAAGCUAAAGAUGCGAAAUCGUUUUACGGUCCUCUUCGAAUUGGGUGGCGAAUAUCAAGCGGCAAAUGUUUCGAGGCCAUCCAUCAAUGAGCUAAGCACCUCAACGCUGGCGCAGAUAGCACAAUUUGUGGCAACCACCGGACAGACGGUGAACAUAUGCGAUGUCCACGAGUGGGUGAGGGAGCACAAUCAAAUCCGUGUGGAGAGCGAGAUCGAUAGCACCCAUGCCAUUCUCUGCAUGCCCAUUGUCAAUGCCCAGAAGACGGUGAUAGGCGUCGCCCAAUUGAUUAAUAAGGCGAAUGGAUUGCCCUUCACCGAAUCGGAUGCAUCCAUUUUCGAGGCAUUUGCCAUAUUCUGUGGCCUGGGCAUACACAACACUCAGAUGUAUGAGAAUGCCUGCAAACUAAUGGCCAAACAGAAAGUGGCGCUGGAGUGUCUCAGUUAUCAUGCCACGGCCAGUCAGGAUCAGACGGAGAAGCUCACACAGGAUGCCAUUGCCGAGGCUGAGUCGUACAAUUUAUACAGCUUCACUUUUACAGACUUUGAUCUGGUGGACGAUGACACUUGUCGAGCUGUGCUGCGCAUGUUCAUGCAAUGCAAUCUGGUCUCACAGUUCCAUAUUCCCUAUGAUGUUCUUUGUCGCUGGGUGCUGAGCGUGCGCAAGAAUUAUCGUCCUGUCAAGUAUCACAAUUGGCGACAUGCGCUUAACGUAGCACAAACCAUGUUUGCCAUGCUCAAGACGGGCAAGAUGGAGCGUUUCAUGACAGAUCUGGAAAUACUUGGUUUGCUGGUGGCUUGUCUCUGCCACGAUCUGGAUCAUCGUGGCACCAACAAUGCCUUCCAGACCAAAACCGAAUCGCCGUUGGCCAUUUUGUAUACCACAAGCACCAUGGAGCAUCAUCACUUCGAUCAGUGUGUGAUGAUACUCAACUCUGAGGGCAACAACAUAUUCCAGGCACUUUCGCCCGAAGAUUAUCGUUCGGUUAUGAAGACUGUGGAGAGCGCUAUUCUCUCCACCGAUUUGGCCAUGUAUUUUAAGAAGCGUAAUGCUUUUCUUGAGCUGGUUGAGAACGGCGAGUUCGAUUGGCAAGGCGAGGAGAAGAAGGAUUUGCUCUGUGGCAUGAUGAUGACGGCAUGCGAUGUCAGCGCCAUUGCUAAGCCUUGGGAGGUGCAACAUCGUGUGGCCAAGCUGGUGGCCGACGAAUUCUUCGAUCAGGGCGAUCUAGAGAAGUUGCAGCUUAACACACAACCGGUGGCUAUGAUGGAUAGAGAACGCAAAGACGAGCUGCCCAAGAUGCAGGUGGGUUUCAUAGAUGUCAUUUGUCUGCCGCUGUAUCGCGUGUUGUGCGACACUUUCCCUUGGAUAACGCCGCUGUACGAAGGCACGCUGGAGAAUCGCCGCAAUUGGCAGGAUUUGGCGGAAAAGGUUGAAAUGGGUCUCACCUGGAUCGAUCACGAUACGAUUGACAAGCCAGUGGAGGAGUUUGCGGGCUGUGCCGAUGAGGAGAUCAAGGACAUCGAGUUCACGGUGACAACGCUCAACUGCAAUCAGCAGUCGCAGCACGGAGGCGACGAUAGUCACACGCCUGAGCAUCAACGAAGUGGCUCGCGGUUGAGCAUCAAGAAGACCGGAGCAUUGGGUAAAGUGGUGCGUUCGAAGCUCUCGAAGACGCUGUACAACAGCAUGGAUGGCUCGAAGCCAAAGACAUCGCUGAAGUUGCUUGAAUCGCAUGUGAGCGAGGACAUGGAUGACAAGAGUCCGACGAGUCCAUCGCAACCGAAUGCUGGCAGCGUGGGACGCAUGUCGGCAUCGUCAUCGACCUCAUCGGCUGGCACCGUGGACAAGACCAAGAAGCGCUCGAAGCUGUGUGCGCUUUUAUGACGAAAACCGUCAAAUUAGAGUUUAGUGACCCCCUCCAAUACUCCUGGCAGUGAGACUGACAAGAGCGGAGGGGGGCUGACCGAAUUCUAAUUGCGUUUAUGCGUCUUAAAACUAUGUUGACUGAGAAACAGUCGAGAAACUAACAACUACAAUCCUACAAAAUACCAAUAUAUACUUAACUAUUAUGUGUACUCGUAGUUGAAGUUUAAUGAAAUCAAAUCCCAGCUCUACGUGUACUAUAUAUGCCUAUUUAGUAGAGAGACAACAACAAAAUAAAUACUUAUACACGAACACACACACACACUAAACACACACACAAAGACAGCAAAUAGAAAUUGCAAUAUUAUACCUAAGUGAAUGUCAAAUCAUGUGAUCUAUUUAAGGUCCAAAAAGGUGCGAAGCGCGUGCGCAAAAGCCUUUUGGGUAAACUCUCUAUCUUUUUGAAUCUGAACUUACCUCUAAGCUCUUAGGUGUUUGCACACACACACACAUACACUGGCAACAAGAACAAAAACCGAAACCAAAAAAAACUACCGUAUGUAUGUUACUAGAUGAAAAGUAGAGUUUUCUUUAUAACCGAAACGUGCUAGUCAACAAAAAACCAAUAAAAUAAUUAUAUCCUAUAAUAUAACCACAUAUACUAUAUGUAGUCAUAUUUGUGAGGCUAUGUGAGGCAUAUUUAAUCGUAAUUUGCUUUCGAGGUUGAUGUACCCCAACAAGUAAACUAAACAACUAAACAACAAACAACUAUCACACAACUAGUCCGCAUGUGAUAAUUAUACACGUGUCGUUAAACUAUAUUUGUAAC